UUGUAUCCUGCAAGGGAGUAUUAUCAGUCUUUUAUUGUUCUCCAUUAUGAUAAAUGAACAUUUUUAAGGAAGUGGAGAAUCUUGUGGAUGCGGCAUUGUUUGCAGAUGAUGGUGCUUUAUGGAAAAGAGGGAGAAAUGUUGAAUUUGUGAAUAAGAUAAGAAUAAGUGCAUAAAUGGUCCAUUAGAUGGGGUUUUAGGAUCUCAAUUGAUAAAACCAAAACAAUGUUUUCCUCAAGAAAGAAAAUGGCUAAGGGUAUAAAAGUGAAAUUAUCUGCUAAUGAAUUAGAAAGGGUUGACUCCUUUAAAUACCUGGGCAUAUGGUUGGAUCAAAAAUAUCAAAAUAAUUGAUAAAUACAAGAAAGUACUAAAUGUAAUGAGGUGUCUAUGCGGAGUGGAGUGGGGAGCAAGUAGAACUGCUCCAAGAACAAUUUUCACAUGCUUGAUCAGGUCUGUAUUAGACUGUGGAAGCAUUAUAUAUGGAUCUUGUGGUGGUUGGAGUCAGCUGGCUGUGAGUUUUCUGCUUUGUUUACUAUUUUCUAUUUGGUUUUUUUCACUGUCAGUUUCUCUGUCGGCCCUGCCUUUUGUCUCUGUUGCCUUUCCCCUUUCUCCUCCCGCUACUGCUGCCAGCUGAUUGAGCGCACCUGGUUUUCAUUCCAUCAUCCCCUUCUCCCACCGCGCACAACUGCCUUCCAUCUGCAAUCAAGAUCGGUAUUUCAACCUUGGCUCAACAGACCAUCUUUGCUUGAGCGUUGCUCCAGUCAUCCUGGUGAAACUCUCUGCAAGCUUUCCUUGCGACCCUUGUUUUUUUUUUUUUUUUUCUGUCUUUGUGUGAACGUUUACUUACCUUUUCCUGUGUUUGUUCUCUGCAGCUACCAUCUCAUACCUGUCUGUUGUCUCCAGUCAGCUGGCUUCACCACUCGGUCCCCCUCCCAUGGCACCCUACUUCAACCUGCCUACUCCUCCACUUCCAGCCAUCCACUCCUCGGAUUCUCCGCUCUCCAGCUCCAGUGUCUCCCCCCUCGGCUUCUCGGCCCCGGCUUCCCACUAUCCCCUGAGUGCCCUUACCGUUGUAUGGAAAUUCCAGUGUAGAUAUUGAGGUCAAUUAUAGCAAAGCAGAAAUUAAGAGUAUGGUUAAAAACCAUAGGGGUAAAUGGCAAAUAUUAUGGGACAAUGAGCAGACUGGAAGACAGUUCUAUAAUAUCCAGAAUAAAGUGGAAAAGAGCAGAAAUAUGAACAGAAGCAAGGAGGAGGAGGAUGUAUUUUCAAGAAUGAGAGCUCCCACAGCAUCAUGUCUGUAAGGAGGAGGAGGUUCUCUCUGACCAGCAGCUCUGUGUUCAGGAGAGGAACUCCAGUCUGGACCAAGAGGAGCCAGAGCCUCCACAGAUUAAAGAGGAACAGGAGGACCUGUGCACCAGUCAGGAGGGAGAGCAGCUUGUACUGAAGCAGGAGACUGAUACCUUUUAUGUUGACUCUUACUCAUGAGGAAAGUAACCACAGUGAAGGUCAGACUGUGAACUUCAAUCCUGAUGAUGACACUCUAAGUGCAGCAGAGAGAGAGUCUGUAGCCAACAUGCCAAUUAUAACCUCUGUGGUAUCAGAAGCAAACAGUGACCACCAGCUCCUCUCUCACAACUCUCAUGGAGCUGAGAGCCAAGAUCAGAAAAGACACCAGCGUGGAGACUUCAACUAGAAGUGCAGAGCCAGAACCAAAGAAGAGACGACGCAAGGGCAGAAGUCACAGUAACGACGUAAACAACACUAACGUGUCAGAGAGUCGCCCUAAUACUCAAAAAGGGCAUAGCAGUGUGUUUACAUAUGGGGGUUCCCAUGUACCCUCUUCCCCUGCCACCCUGCCAAGAUCUCGCACUACCCCUUUGCCACCCCAUGAAAAAUGUUCUAGACACGAGCGCAGGCAAGCCAAAAUGGAGAGAAGGGUUGUGCAUUGCUUGAUCUGCAAAACUCCCCAGGAAUCCAUAGCCACGCACAUAGGCAGGGUGUGCCGGAAAGGCUGUUCUCCGUAUGAACUGGCGAACGAGACCCGCCAAGCCAAAGAGACCCAAGACAUCUUUGACCGACAGGGCAGAGUUUGGAGCUUCUCUGAGCUUGAGGAGUUUUGCAAAGACGGUGCAUCCUGCCUUGCCUUGUGCCAACGCAUGAGGGGUUGCAUCGUGACGGACACGCCUGCCUGGUACCAGGACACGGAGCCGACACUUCACAUCAUCAGACUGCUUAGCACAUGCCUGACUCAUGCAUGCAAAGAUUGCAGUUACAUUAACAAACCGUAGGCCUCCAUAAGCACGAAUAGCAAAUAAGAACGAGUACUAAGCUGCUCUCUGUAGCGUUACCUUGCAUGCGGUACGGUCAAGGUAGCAAGGCUUACAAAAGCACUGGAAUUGGAGUGGACCAUUUCUAAAGAGUUUCUGUGUCACUCACGUGAAUGGCUUUAGGUCUAAAAAAAAUUAUGUCCUGGAAGCAGCAAGGGCAGACAUUGAGUGCCUUCAAGCGAUGAUGUCAGCAGGCCAAACCCCACCCAGCUCUGACAUCACAUCAUUCAGACGCUAUUGCCAGGCCAUGCUGAUCCUGCGGCAUCGUCUGCCUGCCAGUGCCGUGGCAGAGUUUCAGGUACGCGAAUGGCUUGACCGCAAACUGUCUGGUGAAGGAGCCAUCAUACGGCUUGCUGGUCCUGGAGCAGCAGGUCGUGUGGUCACUCUCAGCAAAGAAGAGGAAAGUAUGCUUGACUGCUACUUUUCCCAUGCGAGGUCUAUCUCCCUACAGAACCAGGCCCCUGGCAAAUCGGACCAAGGCAGGUUCUUCCUGGGCACCGACGGGGCUCCUGUGAUCAACCUCGGGUCAGAUUUGAUUCGCCUGAGGGAAAAGUACUCGGCGCAGGAACCUGGGGAGAUGGAGGCAGCUGCUCCGACACCCAUUCCGGCAGCCUGCGCAUCUGCGUCGGGCUCACUGCAAGGGCAGCCGCCGGCCAGCAGCGCGACGCCACCGAUGCAGGCAGGCUCCAGAGUUAGGCACUGGGACGCCUUUCGUAGCGCGUUUCCGGUCACCGUGCAUGCUGAGCCGCCGUCACGUGGUCAGUGUGCGGAGGCGGGCUUCACUCAGCACAGGGCCUACUACCUCAAGUGGCGCGAGGCUCAGCUCCGGCUGCGGAAGGUGUACAUUCUGGAACAUGCAGUGGGUAGAAGAGGGGACAAGCCUAGGCUGGCCACAGUGCAGAGGCUGCUAGCUAAGGAGACGUGGGGAAGCAACAGGCCGACCGCCGAGGAUAUCAUGAAGGCGUGGAUGCCACCCCAAUCGGCGUCCCGGGACGAAGAGGCCCUCCUCUGCUCUGUCAAAGACCAGCGGUGGAAAGGCCUGGCUUUCAAAGACUUUGGCGAAGGAAAAGGCCUAGGAGUGGUCGCCACCAUGCCAUUUCAACACCUUCAGGUCCUGUGCGAUUACCACGGUGAAGUCAUCUCGGCGGCCGAGGGGAACAGACGUCAGCAGUCGGGGUACCUCUUCUUUUUCAGGGCAGAGGGAGGCGCCAGACUCUGCAUUGACGCCACAGCAUCCCCCUGCGCCUGUCACCAGGGCAUGGACAUUUUCGGCAGGCGGCUCAAUCAUUCUCGGAGCAACCCUAACGCUCGAGCUAAGAAAGUCACGCUACGCUAUCCAGACGGCCCAAAGGAAGCCGUAAUCUUCGUGGCUUUGCGAGACAUUAGUGUCGGCGAAGAGCUGCUGUGGGACUACGGGGUCACGAGACAAAGUUUUGGUGGGGGGGGGCAAAGACUUAGCGUCGCUCAACAGCUGAUGCUGAGCCGGUGCGUGUUUUGUUCUCCUUGCAUUGUAAUUGUUGCAGAGUUUGUAAAUAAACGGACAUGUUAUAUACAGUGUUGUCGAGCGGAGAUCAUAAAAAGGGCGGCGGACCAGAGGGGCGUAGCGCUUCCAGCGGAGCCUCCAGCCCCCUCUCGCAGCCUCCUGAGCGGUGACAUCUACUCUCAGGAGCCGCCGUCCAAACGGGCUCCACUCUGGCAGCGCUUCACGGAGCUUCGGCCAUUCAUGGAGGAGGCUCUCUCUCAGCGAGGGAAACUGAGGGCGCCAGUCUCGCGCUAUGUCCCGUUCACACGGGUUCAUGGCGACACAGAGGCAGGAUUUCCUUCGGUCCCCCCUCUGGAGCAGAGCCUGGCGUCGAUCCUGCUUCCAAAGGCUACCCCUUCUUCGGCCACCGGAAGCCGACCCCCGUCCCCCAGGACCAGGUUUUCGCCCAAAGUUACUGACCGGUUCUCACCGGUGUGCGGCUCGGGCUUAGCGGCGCAAAACAACAUAGCCUUGCUAGCCUCCGCCGUCUCCGCCAUGGCCACCAACCCGGAGACGCUUCCCCCGGAGCUAGCCACGGAGAUCGGCAAGGCUAUGACCGCCAUCCUCACCCUCACCACGGCGACCACGGUGGCGUUGUCGAGGAUCCAGGCGUGGCAGACUGUGGCCCAGCGAAAUAUCUGGCUCCACAUGUCACAGCUACCCACGGAGGUCAAGCGUGAGCUUCUGUACGGUCCCAUAGCUCCCGAUGGACUAUUUGGACCUCGUCUACAGACAGCCACAUCCCACCUCCACCAGGCAGCCGAAGAAGCGCAGCGGCUACGAUGGCUUGGCUCCUGGAAGGCGGUGCCUGCUUCACGGGGCCGAAGGAUCAUGAAGGCGGCUCCCACCUUGUCUAACCCGCCCCCGGAGCCACCCACCAAGCAGCGGCGACGGUGGCAAUGA